ACAUCUGGGAGCUUCCUGCUCACCCCCAUUAACACACCUUGCCCAUCCGUCCCCUUGCACAUCAGUUGCGAAUGUCCAAAGCGUUGUGCAGUGUGGUAGCAGUGGCAAUCGGCGCCGGCCGGCAUGGGAGCGGAGAAGGACAAGAAGGUGGAGGUCAAGACGGCCGUGUACAAGGUGCACGUCCACUGCGGCCAGUGCGCGCGCGACAUCCAGACGCAGUUCACCGAGUUCCAAGGGGUUGAGGAGGUGAAGGUGGACGCCGGGGCAGGGAAGGUGACAGUGAAGGGCUUCGCCUUCGACGUCGAGAAGCUCAGGGCGAAGGUCGAGAAGGGUUGCCGGAAGAAGGUCGAGCUGGUUGUUCCUGCCAAGAAGGAUGACGUCGUCAUCGAGGUCAAGACCAAGAAGGAGGAGUUGAAGGUCAUCACAGUAAAGGUCCCCUUGCAUUGCCCCGAUUGUGCAGUCAGGGUCAAAGAGAUCCUCCUGGAGCACAAGAGUAUCUACGAGGCCAAGACGGACCUCGGCAAGAACACGUGCACCGUCGAGGGCACCAUCGACGAGAAGAAGCUCGUCGAGUACAUCUACCAGAGAACGCGCAAGACGGGCAUCGUCGACAAGAUCGAGAAGAAGGUGAUCGUCAAGGAGGAGAAGGUGGAGGUGAAGAAGAAGGACGAGAAGAAGGAGGCCGUCAAGGAGAAGGUCAAGGAGGUCGUCGCCCCCUACUUCAUCCCCUGCACGCACCCGCGGUUCGUCGACUACUCGCACCCGUGCCACCGCCGCGGCGGCUACGGCGGCGACUGCUGCUCUCCGUGCGGUGGGGGCUACGACGGCUGCGGGUACCCGUACGGUGUCAGCUACACGCACUCCGAGCUCACAGGAUACCAUGACACGGCGUUCUUGCACUGCACACACCCCAAUGAGUUCAUCAGCGAGGAGAACCCGUAUGCGUGCUCUGUGAUGUAGAACUUUUAAUUUUUGCAGGUGGAUCGUGCAUGCCGACAAUAAUGCUAUCAGCUCAAAUUAAUUUUGCUUCGGCUCAGGUUGCAGACUAGUUGUGCUCUUCUUUUUUUGUAAACUUUGUAAUAAUUGGCGGUGUACAUCCACGGAUGUAUAGGCCGAAUUUGUAAUCCUUUUUCUAAAAAAUAUAGAGCACUUUUGCAUCUUCUUCCAGGUACAUUUUUU